AUGGCAGACAUCGAGGAACACCUCAGACAGGUUCACUCAGAUCCAGACAGGUUAAUACCACUCGGGGAUUGCCCAAGACUAGAACCUGUGGUACCCCCAACAUCCCCACUGGAAUGUAAAGAGCCCUCGCUCUUAGAGGUGAAAGAAGUUGUGAGGAAAGCGAGAAUGGGAUCAGCCCCAGGACCAAACAAGAUACCAUACAAGGUCUACAAGAUGUGCCCUCUCCUGCUGCGUAGACUAUGGAACCUACUUAAGGUGAUCUGGAGGAAGGGGAUAAUACCUGAUGAGUGGCUACAUGCCGAAGGUAUAUUUACUCCAAAGGAGAAGAACUCCAAACACAUCAGCCAGUUCAGAACAAUAUCUUUGCUAAACGUGGAAGGCAGGAUAUUCUUCGCCAUCUUAGCCAGAAGACUGACAACCUACCUUACCACAAAUGGGUACAUUGAUACGACAGUCCAGAAGGGUGGAGUGCCAGGCUUCUCAGGGUGUGUGGAGCAUACCAGUGCAAUCAGCCAGCUCAUUAGAGAAGCAAAGGUGAACAAAUCAGACCUGACUGUAGUAUGGCUAGACCUUGCAAACGCCUACGGAUCUAUUCCACAUAAGCUCAUCGAAUCAGCCCUCCAGUACUACCAUAUCCCUGAACACAUUCAAGGGAUGAUCAAUGCGUACUUCAGUGGAAUGAAACUGCGCUUCAUGGUUGGCGAGAAGAUGACAGCUUGGCAGAGACUGGAGAAGGGAAUAGUGACCGGGUGUACCAUCUCAGUUGUCCUGUUUGUGAUGGGCAUGAACCUUAUAAUCAACCCUGCAAACAAAGAAACCCGCGGGCCUAAGACAUCUACAGGGUUACACCUGCCAACAAACAGAGGCUUCAUGGACGAUCUAACAGUGACAACACAGACACACAUACAAGCAAGAUGGGUACUGAAAGUAUUGGAGGAGGCAGCCACCUGGGCUAGAAUGAAUUUCAAACCCAAGAAGUCUAGAAGUCUGGUCAUCAAGCGCGGAUCAGUCACAAAACGGUUCACCCUACAAGUCCAAGGGGAAGACAUACCAUUAAUUAUGGACAGUCCCAUAAAGUGCCUGGGCAAGUGGUUUGAUUCGAGCCUUAGUGACAAAGCAAACGUAGAGCGCAUCAGAUCACAGCUCCAGGAAGGGCUGAAACAAAUUGACAAAUCCGCUUUACCAGGAAAGUUCAAGGCAUGGCUCUUCCAGAAUGCACUUCUCCCCAGACUGAUGUGGCCCCUUAUGCUAUAUGAAAUACCGACAUCCUCUGUCGAAUGCUUGGAGAGAAAGAUCAGCAAACACCUGCGCCGAUGGCUGGGAAUACCACUGGUAGUGACGCUCAAGCAAUCGCAGGACAGUUCAAUCCGAAAUGCUGGGAUUGAAACUAGGACAGGGAGAAAGUGGUCAGCAAGCCAAGCAGUCGAACAGGCUGAGAAAAGACUCCAGCAAAAAGACAUUGUCGGCAUCACAGCUGUAGGCAGACAGGGGCUAGGCAGCUCCAAGAUAACAUUAUGGAGCUCUGCUGGAAACAUGGAAAGGAGGAGAAUGGUGCAAGAUGAAGUCAGAGCAGCAGAAGAAGAAGACAGAAGAGCGAAAGCUGUGGCUAUGGGUGCCCAAGGUGCGUGGACGAAGUGGACAACGACAGAAAGAAAACUGACCUGGGCUGAUAUUUGGAGCUACGAACCACUGAGGAUAGCGUUCCUGCUCAGAUCAGUCUAUAACCUGCUACCGUCACCCUCAAACCUGCACAGAUGGGGUCUACAGGACUACCCCAAGUGCCAAUUGUGUGACAAGACAGGAACCAUGGAACAUAUUCUGUCAUCGUGUACCACAGCCCUCACCCAAGGACGCUACAGGUGGAGACACGACAGUGUUCUUCAGGAACUUGCUGACAAGUUGGAGCGCGAGAGGACCAAGAAGAGGCCCAGACAGAAACCCCAAAUGAUUCAGUUCGUGAAGAAAGGACAAAAGGCGCCUAAAAAACUGCAGCCUACCAGUUCUGUAUUAGAUGAAUCUGAUCAGUGGGAAAUGUCUGUUGACCUGAAGCAAAAGCUAGUGUUCCCGAACAUUAUCCAGACAACAUUAAGGCCUGACAUUGUGUUGUGGUCCACUAAAGAUAAGUGUCUGAUCAUGGUUGAACUGACAGUCCCUUGGGAAUCUCGUUGUGAAGAGGCCUUCGAACGGAAAAAGGCCAAGUAUACAUACCUGAAAGAACAGUGCAUAGAGAAAGGAUGGCGAGUGUGGCUCUACCCUGUGGAAAUUGGCACUAGAGGAUUCCCAGCACAGUCGCUGUGGAGAAUGUUCAGUGCCUUGGGCAUCAAAGGAGCAGACAGGAAGAGAGCAGUGGGAAAACUGAGCCUAGCAGCAGAAAGGGCAUCCAUGUGA